AAGCCGUAAACCGGAAGCAGCCGCUAGCCCGGAAGAGGUGGUGUUCUAGGGCUUUGCUGGCGGCGGAGGCGGCUGCUGCGGCUUGGGAGGCUGGUGUGCCGCUAGGAUGAACGCACCUCCCGCAUUUGAGUCGUUCUUGCUCUUCGAGGGCGAGAAAAAGAUUACCAUUAACAAGGACACCAAGGUACCCAAUGCCUGUUUGUUCACCAUCAACAAAGAAGACCACACGCUAGGAAACAUCAUUAAAUCACAGCUGCUGAAGGACCCCCAGGUGCUGUUUGCUGGCUACAAAGUCCCCCACCCCUUGGAGCACAAGAUCAUCAUCCGAGUGCAGACCACCCCGGACUACAGCCCGCAGGAGGCCUUCACCAAUGCCAUCACGGACCUCAUCAGCGAGCUGUCCCUGCUGGAAGAGCGAUUCCGGGUGGCCAUUAAAGACAAACAAGAAGGCAUCGAAUAGUGGCCUGGAAGGGUCUUGCGUGGCCACUUCCUAUGCUGCCCUGGAGAGAAGAGCAGCUCCCCCAGCUUCGGGGCUGGCCCGGUUAGCACCCCCGCUGGAGUUGCUGUGUCCCGCAGUCUGAGCUUGCUAAUAAAGUGCAGAGGAAAAGGC